AUGGGAGACAUUGCAGGAGGCAGAGAAGAAAGUUAUGCCGCUAACCAUAUCUCCUCAGCCUCCAAUCUCACUGUGGCCAACAAUGGUCUGACAUUCAUACAGCAUGAAGAUCUCAAGGAAGACUAUGAAUCAUUGAGAAACAGCAACAACAUAAACAAGAUGGCAGUUUCCAUUGCUGAUCACAAUUGGCCUUCCCUCCAGAUGUCUCCUGAGCAUGUUCAUCUUGCACAUUCUUGGGGACAAGCGAGGAGGAUCGAGACAGGAUCAAAGAGGCCCAGUAACGCCUCCCUUGGUGGUGAGCUGGAGUCCUCAGUCAAGGAUUGCUUUGCUUCUCUUGUAAGUCAGGAUCAUGUCAAUGGCACUGAUCAGGAAGAAAUUCAUGCUGGUGUUGAUCAAUGUAUCCAGAAGUUUUUGGACAUUGCAAGACAGACUGAAUGUUUUAUCCUGCAAAAAACGUUGCAGUUGUCUGUCCAGAAACCAGAGCAAAUUAUCAAAGAGGAUGUCUCAGAACUAAGGAGUGAAUUGCAGAAGAAAGAUGCCCUGCUUCAGAAGCACUUGACAAAGCUGAGGUAUUGGCAGCAGGUGCUGGAGGACGUCAAUGUGCAACACAAAAAAACAACCGAAAUCCCCCAGGGCUCCCUGGCCUGCCUCAAGCAGGCAUCUGCCAAUAGCCUCACACCUCUGAAGCAGCCUUAA